GCAAUUAUUAAUUUGAUACCUACCCCACAAUUCAUCACCCUUUUUCUCACAUAUAAAAACCCUUUUAGAGAUCUCACAUUUGUUUCAUCCCACUAUCAUCAUCCAUAAGGAACAUAAAGCCACAGAAAAGAAAAAAUAUGUGUUCCUCAAAAUCAAAGAACAUGAGCCAAGAAGCUAUUUCCCAAAUCAACGGGCGUCCGGUUCUUCAACCGAAAUCCAACCAAGUUCCAACAUUAGACCGACGCAACUCACUCAAGAAAUCUCCUCCUAAGCCUUUGGUCCAUCCCAUUUCAUCAAAGAUACCCUCACCUAGAACAUUUUCUCUAAACUCUCCUCCUUUGUCUCCCAAAUCAAAAUUCUUAAGAAAAGCGGUCAGUUCUGAGAAGCCUAAACCGGUGGCUAAACCGGUGAAAUUAUCAGAGAACACUGAUGGUGUCUGCAGAGAGGUUAUGUCCAUGGUGGCUGUUCAGAAGCAGCCUGGAAGUAUAGCUGCUGCAAGAAGAGAAGAGGUUGCAAUGAAACAAGAAGAAAGAAAGAAAAAAAUCUCUCACUACGGUAGGAUCAAAUCCACAAAAUCGAACGAAAAAAACAUAAAUGUUGAGCAUGAGAAGAAGAAGAGAUGUAGUUUCAUCACUACAAAUUCAGAUCCAAUCUAUGUGGCUUACCAUGAUAAAGAAUGGGGAGUUCCUGUUCAUGAUGACACGCUACUGUUUGAGCUUCUGGUGUUAACCGGAGCUCAGGUCGGAUCCGACUGGACUUCGGUUUUGAAGAGAAGAAACACUUUUAGAGAGGCUUUCUCUGGUUUUGAAGCAGAGUUGGUCGCAGACUUCAACGAAAAGAAGAUACAGUCAAUAGUUAAUGAUUAUGGCAUUGGCCUAAGCCAAGUCCUUGCAAUUGUUGACAACUCUAAGCAAAUUCUCAAGGUGAAAAGAGAUUCCGGGUCAUUCAGCAAAUACAUUUGGGGAUUUAUAAAUCACAAACCGGUCACCACAAAAUACACAUCUUGUCAAAAGAUUCCGGUUAAGACAUCAAAAGCGGAGACCAUAAGCAAAGACAUGGUUCGUCGUGGGUUUAGAUUCGUUGGUCCGACCGUUAUAUAUUCGUUAAUGCAAGCUGCCGGUUUAACCAAUGACCACUUGAUCACUUGUCCGAGACAUCUCGAGUGUACGGCCAUGGCGGCUCUGUAGGCAAAAAUAUCACUGUUGUUGUCACAUUGGUUUUAGUUAUAAAUUAUUACUGUAGUACUUUAUCUACCAUGUGAUAUAUAGAUUUGAGGUCCUAACUUUAGGUAAUGAUUUUUUUGUACAAAAGCCUUUUAUGUGUGUGUGUGUGUGUGAGAUUCUGUUUUAAAUUUAAUAUAUCUAUAAAUGUGUGUAUUUAUUUAUUUUAUGUUGUUUGAUUUGUUUUUUUGAGGUUAAUAGUUUGUGGGAUAUGGGGAAUAAUGUAAAGAAGAGAGACAGAGCAUGUGCAAAAGUUUAUAAGCAAUGCCAUGUGUUAGAUUAUCAAUAUUUUACACUUUAUUCUCUUUAUUUGUUGAUAACAAUUUUUCUUUAGCUUUUUGACUUGGGAGAAAAUAUGAAAAAGAAGCUUUGUUAGACCCUAUCUGGUAUAAAAUUGAUGCAAUUCUUACUAUGUCUUAUCAUGAAAUUCGACUGAGGAACUUAUACAUGAGUUUCAUUAUUUUACUUAUAAAAUUGUUAAUAAAAACGCAAAAAUGUAGGAUGUUAAGAGUUUGGGAAUCGAAGGAAUAUUAUAGUUUUAGUUUCCCAUUUCUUUGUUGAUAAAAUUGUUUACG